AUGGACAGGAGCCUGCUCUUCACCGCCCCAAACGCUCAGCUUUCAUUAAGGCGGUGGGUGGUGUUGGGACAGAGCGGCAGGCCCGGGGUGACCCCCGCCGCUGCUGACGGCACCGACUACAUGCAGAACGUGCACGGGAAGGAGAUCGACCUGCUCAGGACCACCGUGAAGGUGCCGGGGAAAAGGCCGCCCCGCGCCGUGUCCUCCGGCGCCGCCGUGCCAAGUCCCAGCACCAACGGGCUGACGAAGGACUUGAGCAGCCUGCAGCUGGGUCAGACCUCAGGUUCAGUGUCCAGCAGCUCCUCCGUGUCCCAGAUGGUCAGCGGCGUGGGCCUGGUGUCCUUCAACAGCCGCAGCCUGGAGGGGAUGCACCAGCGCUCCUACUCCGUGUCCAGCGCCGACCAGUGGACCGAUGCCACCGUCAUCGCCAACUCCGGAGUCGGCACAGACACAGGCCUGGUCGACCCAGUCUGCUCCAGUCCCAGUAUCUCCAGUACCACCAGUCCCAAGAUGGAGCCGCCUCCAUCUCCUCACGCCAACCGAAAGAAGCACCGGAGGAAGAAGAGCACCAGUAACUUCAAAGUCGACGGCCUCUCUGGUGCUUCUGAAGAACCAGAGGAGAACUUUGAGUUCAUCAUCGUGUCUCUGACGGGUCAGACCUGGAACUUCGAGGCCACUUCGUACGAGGAGCGGGACGCCUGGGUCCAGGUCAUCGAGAGCCAGAUCCUGGCCAGCCUGCAGUCCUGCGAGAUCAGCAAGAACAAGUCUCGGUUGACGAGUCAGUCGGAGGCGUUGGCGCUGCAGUCCAUCCGAAGUCUUCGAGGAAACGGCCGCUGCGCCGACUGUGACGCACAGAACCCGGACUGGGCCAGUCUCAACUUGGGGGCGCUGAUCUGCAUCGAGUGCUCGGGUAUCCACCGGAACCUGGGCACACAUCUGUCCAGGGUCCGCUCUCUGGACCUGGACGAGUGGCCGCUGGAGCUCAUCAAGGUGAUGUCCACCAUCGGCAACGAGCUCGCCAACAGCGUGUGGGAGGCCAACACCCAGGGCCGGCCCAAACCUGGACCGGACGCCAGCAGGGAAGAGCGGGAGCGCUGGAUCCGGGCCAAGUAUGAGCAGCGCCUGUUCCUGGCCUCGCUGCCGGCCUCCGACCUGUCUCUGGGCCAGCGGCUGGUGAGGGCGACGGCUGAGGAAGACCUGCGCUCCAUCGUCCUGCUGCUGGCCCACGGCUCCCGGCAUCAGGUCAACGAGACGUACGGGGACGGCUGCAAUGCCCUGCACCUGGCCGGCCACAAGGGACACGUGGUGAUCGCUCAGCUCCUCGUCUGGGAGUCUGUCAGUCUGGGUAAGGUGUCCUCCUGUAGGAGUCUGUCAAUCUGGUACGGCGUGGACGUGACAGCGAGGGACGCUCGUGGGAACAGCGCCGUGGCGUACGCUCGUCAGGCCAGUAGUCAGGAGUGUGUGGACGUCCUGUCUCAGUAUGGCUGCCCCGACGACCGCUACCCUCUCGUGGCCACGCCCAACCUGUCGCGCCGCAACACCAACCGCAACAACAGCUGCAGCAGCAUCGGGAGCGCCGCGCUCAUAUGA